UCUCUGCCUCAGCCAGCUAGUCUUUUCAGAUUGUCUUGCCCAGGAUGUUCAGAGAGGCCACAGCCUUGGCCUGUCAUGUUCCAAAAGGACAAAAUGGACUCAGCUUUGUGAAAGUUGAAGAAAAUGUUCGGAGGCAGGACUUCAGUCUUCAGGGAAACCUCCAGAGCCAGGAGGUUUCCCGCCAGCAGUUUAGACAGUUUGGCUACUCUGACUUCACUGGGCCCCGGGAGGCUCUGAACCAACUGCAGAAGCUUUGUCAGCAGUGGCUGAGGCCAGAGGAGCGCUCCAAGGAGCAGAUCCUGGAGCUGCUGGUGCUGGAGCAGUUUGUGGCCAUCUUGCCUACGGAGCUGCAAGCCUGGGUUCAAGAGCACAGACCUGGAAAUGGAGAGGAGGCUGUUACUCUGCUGGAGGAGCUGGAGAGAGAAUUUGAUGAAUCUAAACAAGAGGUCACAGCUCAUGGCCAAGGAAUGGUUUGCAAAGAAAUGACAUUCAUGGGAACACGGAAGUCUCUGAGUAGCCCACUGCAGUCCUUGGAGAACCAUUGCAGGAGUGAACCCCAGGAGCCACAGGUUUUUCAGGAGACAGAUGAGGCAACCCUACCAUUUAGGGUUGAGGAUGGAGACAGCAAGAUGAUGACUGACAAAGUAUUGGCAGCAAAGAAAGAAAUUACUGAAUGUAUUACAUCAGUGGCUAUGGCAUCCCAAGGAAGACUUCCUGGGGAAACUUCUCCAAUACAGAUGGUUCAAGAAACUAUGGGAUGCUUGGACAACAAUGAGAAGCAAGGAGGAAGUAAUGACACAAGCAACAGAACAAGUUCACUUUCUUCCCAGGAAAGCUAUUUCAGUCUGGCAACCUUUAACAAGAAAACCCCUUCAAAUCAGAACACCUUUGAGUGUAAUGAAGGUGAAAGAACUCUCAGUCCAAACUUACAUGACACCACACGGCCCAGAACUCACACAGGGAAACUGCUCUAUGAGUGCUUGGAUUGUGGGAAAGCGUUUUGCCAUAGGUCAAAGCUGAUUAGACAUCAAAGAAGUCACACUGGAGAGAGACCUUAUGCAUGUAAAGAAUGUGGAAAAGCCUUUGGUUUCAGAACAGAUCUUGUUAGACAUCAGAGGAUUCACAGUGGCGAAAAACCCUAUAAAUGUUGUGACUGUGGAAAAGCUUUCAGGGGCAGCUCAGGGCUCAUUAGGCAUAGGCGAAUUCAUACUGGAGAGAAACCUUAUGGUUGUGAUGAAUGUGGGAAAGCUUUCAGCCAGAGCUCUACUCUUAUUCAGCAUAAGAAGAUUCACAGUGGAGACAAAGGCUAUGAAUGUACAGAAUGUGAUCACAAGACCUAUAUGAUCUAA